GAAGUGCUCGGUAGAGAGUGUUCUUGYUCGGUUGCAGGUAUAUUUUCUGGUGCAUUAUCAGACACAUAAAUGGAUGUUCGGCACUAAUGAGCGUGUAAACCUUUUGGUUUACGGCAGUUCGUUGGUACUGGUGGAUAGACAUUGGGAAAUUGUUCAGAAUGAUGCGUUUCAUGCUGCUGUUCAGUCGGCAGGGGAAGUUGCGGCUACAGAAGUGGUACACAGCUACAGCUGAACGGGACAAAAAGAAGAUGGUCAGGGAGCUCAUGCAGAUAGUGCUCGCUCGCAAACCAAAGAUGUGCAGCUUUUUAGAGUGGAGGGACCUGAAGAUUGUCUAUAAAAGGUAUGCCAGCCUAUAUUUUUGUUGUGCUAUUGAGGAGCAGGACAAUGAGCUGAUUACUCUGGAGGUAAUUCAUCGCUUCGUUGAGCUCCUGGAUAAAUACUUCGGCAGUGUGUGUGAGCUGGACAUAAUCUUUAACUUUGAGAAGGCCUACUUUAUUUUAGACGAGUUCCUGAUGGGAGGAGAGAUCCAGGACACGUCAAAGAAGAGUGUUCUUAAAGCCAUAGAACAAGCUGAUCUACUGCAGGAGGAGGAUGAGUCACCUAGAAGUGUACUAGAGGAGAUGGGCUUGGCAUAGUCCAUGUCAGCACAAGAAGAGGCUGAAGUCACAGGACCGGGCUGGACAGUGGAGUGGAUCAUGUCUGGACUUACAUAGUUGGCUCUGGAGUCUUAUAUACCAUCACUUGUGGGAAAGAGAUUCAAAUCGGAUCGAUGCGUUGAUCAGCCCUUUGGCUUUCUCUUUUACGUGUGUAUUUGUGUGUCUGAUCUACAUGUGGGGGAAGACUUUGGGUUAUAUUUAAGCUUGUGUGUGCCUGGAGGAGUUCUGUGUGUAUUCUGAUUGUUCCAGGUGUGACAUGGAGCCCAGCUUUGCUGUGAUGACAGCCAGAAUAAAGCAGGUUUGAGAAAAGGUGCUGGUUAACAAGCACAACCUGCCCCCGGACUUGUCAAAACCAAAUGUGGAAGAUUAAGUCAGAGAUUUGGGCAAUAAAGGUUUGAAUGUUAUUUGACUGCCUGGGCUGAUGACCACAAUAUAAACCAUUGGUUAGACUUGAAGCUGGUUCCAUAAAGCUAAACAUACAUCCACUAUUUCCAUUCUUUUCUCAAUCUUCUGUUGGCUGUAAAGGCUUACUGCUUCUGGUACUGCUUUGUGCUUUAAACCUGCCAUGCUGGCUAGGAUCGCAUCAAUGAUCCUAAACAAAUUAAUGAGCUCAGGACUGAGGUCAGGUUUUCAUUUUCUGUCUCCUGUCAGCCAUCCAGAGGUGCUGAAGAACUAUGUAAGACCAUCAGCAAAUAUUUACUUAGUUACACUUGAAAAUUAAAGCUUGUUCUGCAUGGCA